AUGGAGCAGUCGUCAACGGUAGAGGCGGCUGUGGAAAGUUUAUCGUUGAAGAGUCCACGAAAGGAUAAGAAACUGCAGAUCCAGAUUCCUUCGAUUGUAGCCAACACGUCCGUCCAAUCGGAAACAUCGAAGAGGGACUAUUCACCUAGACAAUCACCCUACUUGGGAUCGUCAACGCCAACACGUCAAGCCAGACGAAGCUCCUCAUCCGAAUCAUCAGCUACAACGUAUGAUCCUUUCCAACCUGAUCGGUCCGAGGGCCAUUUGAGGCCUCCACCGACCAAUGAAAAUGAAUUCUGGGGUGAACGCCCUCCCUUGGAAGUCAUUGCUCAGAAUCCAGAUAGAUACUUCGAUGAGCAGAAUCUCGAUCGUGAGAUUAUUGUUGAUGCACCAGCACCACCAUCUUCAACAAAUAAUCGUCGUGGCGGAGCUAACCUUGUGUCUCGCAAAUCUGUUCGUAUCAAAAUUCAAGAAACCCAUAAGCCAAAUAGAUGGCAACAAGCGCAUAAUGUACUUCGCGCCAACAAUAUUUUACGAAGGAAAAGUACAAAGAUGUGGGGUCAAAAGGUUGUGCAGGUCAAGCCUGGCAUGUCCAUCGAUCAGGCAGCCACUCCAAUCAAGGAAGAGAAGACAGAGAUUCACUACAUGAUGGGUAAACUUAUCGGCAAGGGUUCAUUUGGACGAGUGUAUCACGCCGUCAACUUGAAUGCCGAACCUGUCGAAGUCAUUGCUGUUAAGCAAGUUGAAAUUCCUACCACCAAAUCUGAUUUGAUGAAUGAGCAUCAACGAGCCUCUAUAGAAGCUCUGUAUCACGAAAUUUCCUUGCUUGAAGGGUUGGAUCACGAGAAUAUUGUGCAAUAUCUUGGAUACGACAGUAACGAGGCUGAGGGACACCUCAAUAUUUUCCUCGAGUAUGUCGCUGGUGGCAGUAUUACUAGCUGUCUGACCAAAUUUGGUCCGUUCAAAGAACCUCUGGUUAGACACUUUACGCGGCAAAUUCUACAAGGUUUGAAAUAUUUGCACAACAAGCAUAUUUUACAUAGAGAUAUCAAAGGUGGCAACAUUCUUGUACAGGAAGACGGUACUUGCAAAAUAUCGGAUUUCGGACUGUCCAAAUUGAAUGACCAGGAUGAAGUCUAUGACCAAAAUUCCAAGAUGUCUUUGCAAGGAUCCAUCUUUUGGAUGGCUCCUGAAGUGGUCAAAAAUGAGCCUUAUAGUGCAAAGGUCGACAUCUGGAGUUUAGGCUGUACGGUCAUUGAAAUGUAUACUGGUAAACGACCAUGGCUGGACAUGACUGCCCUAGCAGCUGUAUACAGUAUUGGAACAUGUAAAUCACCGCCUAUACCCGAAAAUAUGUCAGAAGAAGGAAAGGAUUUCCUCCGUCUGUGCUUCAUAAUUGAACCAGCGUUGCGACCAACUGCUACGGUAUUGUUAAGUCAUCCUUUCUGUCAAAUGGAUCCUAAUUUUGUAUUCCAGGUAAGUCGGCAUCAUCCAUUCAUGAACCCCCACACUCCAGCAUCUAACUUACAAAUGGUAAUAGGACCACAUUAUCACUGGUCCUAA